AACCGAUUUCCGGUUGUGUAGGAAGUGAUCCCCGUUGCUAGGCAACAGCACGACAACACGUCAACUGUCUCUGACACAACUUGGUGACAAACUUAUUCAUUUUGAAGGUAAGCUAGCUUGAAUCGACGAAUUUUCUUCUUGUUUCUUUGUUAAGCUAAAAAAUAAAAGAGGAGGAUGUAUGUUGAUCCUUCCACGAGUGCCCACAGACCUGCUUCUGGAAAAACUCAGGACAUUUCCAAUUUCCAUGUUUUAAAAAGUGUUUUUCCGGACAUUUAUUCAAAUGAAAUUAUCGGGGAGAACCUUUUGUCUAAUCUGGUCAAGACAAAAAAUGGAAGAGACGGCUUUCACUGCAGAUAUGUUGAAGAGCUUCAGCAGGCCUUCUUUGAAUAUAACCAGAGCAUGAAGGAAACAGAAAAACUGAAGAGUCAUUUGAUCCAGGCCAGAGCUCAGGCUGCAGCCAAGGAAAAGCAUGCCUUUGAGAGGAUGACAGAGAAUCUUGGAGACAUUUCAGAGUACCAGGACCUUUUCAUAGUCAAGUCUGCCUUUCCAUGGUGUGUGGAUGAAAAUCUUCUUAAAGCAAAUGACUUAAUUUCUCCUCAAGACUACUUACCAACACAAGAGCCACCCGCCAGAGCUGCAGAUAAAUACAAUGUGGCUAAGCUUACCAAUUCGGACACCAUGUCUAUGAAAAAAGAGCCUCGAGGUUAUGGUUUUACACCCACUAAAGAAAAGACAAAGCUAGCAAUGAGUGUUUUAGAUCACAGCCUGACCUUGGACUCCAACUCAGAUGGCCAAAGAGGGAAAAAUGACCUCAAGAAGAAUGUCGCCCAAACCAAACCAAGACCAAAGUGGAAGGAUGAGCUGAGCGCAACAGAUCAAGUAGAAGGGAUGAGAGAAAUUCAGAAGCUGAAGGAUCGCCAAAACUUCCUGCGCAAUCCCCGUUUCCUCUCACCGACAGCAGAGCAGGGUGGCGUGUCUCUCAUUCAGCGCAGGGGCCCAUCAAAAACAAAGCAUCAGAGUAAAACCGCUGAAGAGCAAAGCUUGUCAGGUGAUCCUCCUCCCAUAUUUAUUGCAAAGCCAUCAGUGGUGACUUUUACUGGCUACAAAGUGGGGCAUAUCUAUGAGACCACACUGGAGCUAAGAAAUGUCACUUCUUCAAGCCGUCACAUCAGAGUUUUGCCUCCCAACUCCCCUCACUUCUCCAUUGGAUUGGGGAGAUUUCCCAGUGAAGAGGGCACCAUUGCCCCCGGGAUGAGCUGCAAAUACUCGCUGCGCUUCAUUCCAGACUCCCUUGAAGACUACAAGGAUUUUCUAGUGGUCGAGACCCAAGCUGAACAGGUGCUCCUUGUGCCGAUUGAAGCUCAACGACCUCCUCCUAUACUCACCUUGCCGAAGGUUCUGGACUGUGGUUAUUGUCUGGUUGGAGGACUGAAGUACGUUGAGUUCUUGUGCCAAAAUGUUGGACAGAGCUCCGGGACUUUUUGCAUCAUUCCCAAAAGCCAGUGGCCUUUCUCCAACCUAAGGUCUCUGUCAAGGACGUACUUCUCUGAGCAGCCUCCCUUUGCAGUGGGACCCUCUCUGUUUCAGCUGGAGCCCGGAGACACCACUGUUAUAGAGGUGGUUUUCUCUCCAACUACUGCACAGAAGAGCCGACAGACUUACACAUUUGUCUGCGACAACUGUCAGGUUAAAGACUUUUCAAUCGAAGGUGAAGGCCAGCUGGUUGCCCUGCAGCUCGUAUCAGAAGAGAAGGAAACUCCUGAAGCUGGGGAAAUUCACGACGUCACUGCAGAGCAUUAUGUCAGAUUUGACGUGUGCAACCCUCAUUCUGUGCAACAUAAAAGGCUCGUCAUCCGGAACAAUGUCCACUUGGACCUGCCUUUUCAGUGGCAAAUCAGGCAGCCCAAUCUGUAUCCCCUACCCCCAGGAGAAGUCCCCGAACCCUCUCAGAUCCAUUUUCACCCAGCCACAGAUGAUGCGUUUCGGAUCAGCCCUGUGGCAGGUCUACUUCCUCCAUAUCAGGAUCAAGAGUUCUUGCUAACCUUCUGUCCAAAAGAGCUAAAGGAUUACCAUAGUGUCUGCCGCUUGGUCCUGAGAGAUGCUCCUGAUCCCCCAUCAGAACCCAGAGACAGCAACAUCUUUCAGCCCGUGGAGACUGUCAUUGCCAUGGAAAUAGAGGUCAAGGGGUCAACAGAGCCCUUUCAGAUCCUUCUGGAGCCCUAUGCCAUUAUAAUCCCAGGAGAGAUUUUUGUUUGCACCACCACUCACAGGCAGUUUAAGAUGUGGAAUCAUAGUAAAACCUUCAUAUUAUUUCAAUGGGAGAAGCUGAAGAGCAGUUACCACACGAUGGUUGUAGAGCCCCCUACUGGAAGAAUAGAGGAGAACGAAUGCUUUGAUUUUGACCUCAUUUUGUCUGGAAGGAAACCGGAGAAGCUGAAGACAAACUUAAUUUGCAACAUAGAGCACCACCUUCAACCCAUCACUCUACCAAUAGAAGUCUCUUUUAAAGGUCCCAUGGUGACUCUGAGUGUUCCCAGUGUGGACUUUGGGCUUGUGAGGCUUGGAGAACAGACUCACAGGAGCCUGGAACUCACAAACACCACCCAGCUCGAAGCUUUCUGGACACUGAUGGAGAAGGCUGAGCUGGAGGAGAGCCAAGUCACACAGAUCUCAGUGAAGCCAUGCAGUGGAAUGCUGCCACCGCUGGGUUCCUGCAGUGUAGAGGUGAUCUUCACGCCACAGUUCUGCCAGCAGUUUAAAGCAGAACUGGAGCUAGAAGUUGAGAACGGACGCGGAUGCCACGUUUGGAUUCAAGCAGAUGUGCAGUCUCCUCAAGUGUGUCUCCUUAACUGCAAGCUCGCCUUUACUGAAAUUUACCUUGGAGUUCCAAAAUCCGCCUCUGUAACGCUUUUCAACCAGACUGCGCUGCCAGCAAAGUUCAGCUGGGUGAGUCAGCUCCAUGGUAAACAGUGCUCAUUUUGUAGCGCCAGUUUUUUUCCUUCUUCCGGUGUCCUUGGACCAAAUGAAAGCCUGGAGGUGACAGUAGAGUUCACCUCUCACGCUGAUCUGGAGCUAACUGAAGUGGCUGCGCUCUGUGAGGUGGAGGGUAUGAACUUGCCUCUGAUUCUUGGAAUUGCUGCUUCUAAACCCAAGAAACUCAGUGUGUCCUAUUCGCUGCCCAGUGACGGUUUCCCGCUGAAUGGUCGUUGCACUUCACCAGUGGAGCUUGACUUUGGAGAUGAUGUCAUUUUGAAGAACCCUGUCACCAGACAGCUGCUGAUCACCAAUCAAACUGCAAUCGCAGCUCCUUUUGCCAUAGAGGUUGAAUACUUCACCUGCAAGGUUUUAAAACCAGAACCAGAACAAGGAUGCCCAAAAGUCAGGACCAAGCUCCAAACUAUAAAAGCAGAGAAGUUAGAAGCUAAAACGCAGGAAGAGUUUGUCAGUCAGCUCCUUGCUGAUGGGAGAGGCGCAGCGUUCCGUGUGGUUCCAGACUCGGGGCUGCUGGGGCCAUUUGAAACGCAAACUGUGGCUGUGACCGCCGUCACCGACAUGUGGGGGGAAUACAGCGACAACCUCAUAUGCAAAGUUGGCGAUCUGGAAGCAGUGAUUAUUCCACUGCGGAUGGCUGUCAGAGGCUGCCCGCUCUACUUCCAGAUGACUGGUCCAAGAACAGAUAACCAGUUCCAGGGGCCAAUCAUACGUUUUGGCACCUGCAUACCCGGAGGUGACACCGUUUCUCAUCCUCUACGCAUUAACAACCCCUCCACAUUUGACAUCCGCAUGGACUGGGAGACCUACAACAUCGAGAAGGACGACAGCAAACUGCUGGAUGUGGUGCUGGCAUUUGGAGAGCCGUUUCCUCCCAAAGAUGCUGACGGCAGUGAAAAGAUGAGGAGGCUUUCUGAGAUACGGGGGGAGAAGACCCCCACACUUGGAUCUGAUGGAACUUCCUGCAGCACUGCUGCACAGGGAGAGGAGGACCAAGGAGAUGCAGAAGGAGAGGAAGGUUGUGCUUUAACAUCUCAUGCAAAGAAAAAACUUGUCUCCGUCCACAUCCGGCCUCACGUGGGGAAACUCUCCGAUUAUCCCUUCUGCAUCAAUCCACAACAAAUAGUGAUUCCAGCGAAGAGUGGAGCGACCAUCCACGUUUCUUUCACGCCCUUGACUCCGUCUGAGUGUGUUUCCGAGAGCAGAUGUUCGGGCCUCGCUCUGGGUUUCAUGAGCCUCGACUUUGAGAUGGCUGCGUGUGUUCCAGGUAAAGUCAGAAGGGCACAGGGUUUGGAAUUACAGCCUGUCAGAGUGGAUCUACAAGCAGCCGUGAAGCCUGCAGCGCUGUUAGUGCAAAUGGAGGAGGUGGGCGAGGCGCUGGAGUUUAAGGCCUCUGCUGGUGAUUUACUGAAAGUGGAUUCACACAAGGAGCUGGUGGUUUGCGAAUUUGACGUUUCACAGACAUUUCAGCUGAGGAAUACUUCAGAGGUGGCUUUGCACUUCAGAAUGGAGACUCAGCCUCCAUUUUCAGUGUUAAAGGCUAAGCAGAAAGUGUUCAGCACCUCCAGCCGCCCUUCUGCAGGGAGCAGACAGGCUCUGGUGCUUCAGCCAAGGGACACCAUGCAGGUGAAAGUGGCUUUUCACCCUACCAUGCAUCUUGUGGACACAGCAGACCAGACAGAAGAGAAAGUCCCACCAGGGGUGACACUGGUCAACACUGAAAAGGGUCUGAAGAAAUUGAAGUUUGAGCAAAACCUCCUGAUUCACUAUAGCAACAACUCUCUGCAGAUUGUGCCUCUCUGUGCUCAUUUACUCCUGUCCACGCUGAGCCUCUCCACUGACCGUCUCAGCUUUGGAGUUUGUUACGUUGGGCAAACAAAAAGCAGAGAAAUAACUCUUUCUUGCAGAGGAUCCCACACCUACUGGAAAUCAACUGCAGAUAGUCGGGAAUCUCACGUUUUUAAAGUUACACCAAACUUUGGGCUGCUCCGGCCGAAGGAGCCCCAUGGGACCUGCAGCGUCAAACAGCAUCUUCAGAUCAGCUUCACUCCCAGUGAGGACAGGGAGUUCAGGGCUGUGGUGCUGAUUCAGGCGCCUCUGGUCAAAACUCCUCUCACUCUGGAGCUCCAAGGAACGGGAACGUUUGACGAGAUGUCGAGAUGUGUGUCAGAGUUAUCUCCUGUUAGCAUUUAGUUUGGGAAUCUAAAACCUUUUUGAAAUGUUUCAGACUUACAGCAGAUAGAAGUUUGUUUGUGAGUCAAACUAAUAUAAGGAUUUGAUAAAUAAAACAGUAUGUUAAAGAAAUUUGCCUCAGAAUUCAGUGAAGAUGGGAAUGUGGGUCCAAAACACAGAAUUCUUCAAACUUUUCAAACAAAAUCUUUAAGGUUUUAAAUUGAGUUUAAAAAUUUGCUGAAAGUUGACAGAUUUCUUUACUGUCUGACAACUAAUCUUAUCUUAAAGCAAUCUUCUUGGAGAAUUUUGAGAGUAAAAAAAAAAUGUUCUUUUAAAAAUAUUCUUUUCUUUUUGCAAAUAGCCAUUUGUUGAAAGCUGACGUCUGAAACUGAUCACUGCUAAAGUGACCAAUCAUUCAAUAAAGUUAAUAGUAGAGGUAAAAUCAAACGAACAAGGUUCUAAAACAAUAAAGAUGUCUUGUAAAGAUGCAAAGUUAAAAUGUAAAAAGUGAAAGAUUAUAAUAUCAUUGUGGAUUUUUGACUAAAAGGCAUAAAAUGAGCAAUGUUUAUAAAAGAAAAUACGUUUUUUAAAUGUGCGCACAAUGUGCUUCAAUGGACAGCAACUUUUGAAAACAGCUUUUAAAAGCUGAAUACAAUUGGAAACAAUGUCGACUUUUGCUUGUCUAAUAAAGAUUUGAACAAUAUUUUUGAUGAAAAAAUUCUGAAAGUUGAUUUUAUGGUCAGUUUAAAACGAUCAUUGGGCACAAAAUAGCCUAAUAUUUUAAAAGCUCUAAAAGAGAGUAAAGCCAAGACUACAAGCAGAGUAGAGUUACUUAUCUGAUUGAAUUAAAAAAAUAAAGAAAGAAACACAGAGCAACAACAUCAGGCAAUGAUCCCUUACUGCAGACUGCUGACUCAUAAAUCAAAACAGAUAAAAGCAUCAAGAGUCAGAUUAUGAUGUACACAAACACUAUUGUGCAUUUAAUAACUUGUCUGGUGUCAAAACAGUCUAAUGCUGAGGUUUUUAAAUCUUUAAAUCCUCAAUAGUCCUCUGAUUUUAUUGCAGAAUAAAUAAAGGAUGUUUUUUUGACAGGCCGGAUUCUGCUUAAACUCACUAGACCUCCAGAUAAAAGGUUUCCUUCUUCGCGUAAUUCUCUGUUUAUCAUUGAACAGUUUUACCACACGAGUCUUUGAUAAACACACUGUGCUGCUGUGACAUUUUUACAAAGUCUGCUGCAGUAAAAUAAGCAAAAUGAAAACAGACACAAAGGCUGGAUAAGAAGAAAAAAAAAAGCCUUAAGCUGGGUUUCUCCAUUAGGAAUAAUGUACCAGAAAGGCUUUUGACCUUAAAAGAGAAUGUUUUUGCUGUAGCUUUAUUGAUUUUUAAGUCAACAAUAUUUUUUAAAACAUAAGGAAGGGAACAGUAUGUCCUCGUGUAUUUAUAUUCAUAACUUGUGCAGUAAUAUAGAGAAAAAAGCUGCUCCAACACCUAAAUACCUUAGAUCAUAAUAAUAAUAAUAAAUCUUACAUUUCUGCAGGUACGUGUUAGAUAAUCUAUCGACUUUAUGAAGUAAAAACAAAACAUCAGCUGGAGAAGAGAUUGGACUUUUUCUCCAGAGACCUCAAAGCUCUCAUCCUCAGCACAGUUUAGCAGUGCAGACAUCUGCAAGCAAUACUGAGAGAGUCCUCAGAGAGAUGCAAAUAUCCAAUUGCUAUUCACUGCACUCAGUCUCACACAGAAAAAGGCAUUUCUGACCAAAACAGCUCUGCAUGGAAAUGCUGGGACACUCGUGAAGGGGUAAAAAGCUGCUUCUGGACAUCUCCGUCUUCAGGAUUAGGCUGCUUUUUUGUUGUUAAAAUCAGUGAAAACAUUUUUAUCUGUGUCAACGUAACAAAUAUGAGCCCCAGUGACUGUCACCUUUCAUCACAUUUGAGCUUGCAUCAUCGAGACUACAUUACCUGUUGCGUAAACAUCACCUGCAAGCCGAUACUCUCACUCUUGACGAGGCAAACCCACAAGAAAGCCACCCAGCAGGAAUGACCUGCUGACGUGUUUAGAGCCUGGGAGAUCAACACUGACAGUGUCUGUAAUCGGACUUAAAGGGACUUGUUUUUGAGCGCUUCACUGGUCACGUCGUCAUUUGUAAGAGAGUCAGGAAGUGGAGGUUGCAGCUUCUUAGAAUGAAU